UUGGCUGGCGCCAGCAGGAAGAGGACUCGGGCCGUGUGCGCUGUCAAGUUCAGACGGACCAGCCAACUCUAUAAACCCGCUGCCACAGUCCCAUCAUUAUAGCGGUGCGAAUACGUCGCCAGCUCCUUUGUAGCUCUCUGCGGGCCUGCAGUGAACCCAGGACACAUCCGCGGAGGUUUCUGCCGCAGUUUGGGAAAAGUCCUUCAGCCGUAACUUCCCGGAAAUACAGCGCAGAGGGCAUCGGUGUGAGGAUGGCCGCGUACAGGCUGGUUCUGAUCCGUCACGGGGAGAGCUGCUGGAACCAGGAGAACCGCUUCUGCGGAUGGUUCGACGCGGACCUGAGUGAGACCGGGGUGCAGGAGGCCCAAAGAGGAGGACAGGCCCUGAAAGACGCUGGUUAUGAAUUUGACAUAUGCUACACCUCUGUCCUAAAGCGGGCCAUCCGCACCCUGUGGCUUGUUCUGGAGAGCAUUGACCAGAUGUGGCUGCCCGUACACCGGACCUGGCGCCUCAACGAGCGCCACUACGGUGGCCUGACUGGGCUAAACAAGGCAGAGACAGCAGCCAAACAUGGAGAGGCCCAGGUUAAGAUCUGGAGGCGUUCCUUUGACACCCCUCCCCCACCCAUGGAGGCAGACCAUGACUUCUAUAGUGUCAUAAGCAAGGACCGGCGCUAUGCUGACCUGACGGAGGACCAGCUUCCUACCUGUGAGAGUCUUAAGGACACCAUUGCCCGGGCGCUGCCCUUCUGGAACGAAGAGAUUGUCCCCCAGAUCAAAGAGGGGAAGAGGGUUCUGAUUGCUGCCCAUGGCAACAGUCUCCGUGGCAUCGUCAAGCACCUUGAGGGUAUGUCAGAUGAGGCCAUAAUGGAGUUAAACCUUCCCACGGGCAUCCCCAUCAUGUAUGAGCUGGACAAGAACCUGAAGCCCAUGGGGCCCAUGCAGUUCCUGGGAGACGAGGAGACGGUCAAGAAGGCCAUGGAGGCCGUGGCUGCUCAGGGCAAGGCCAAGAAAUAGGCACCCCACCUCUUGGGCUGGGCUGGAGUGCAGAUCAAUCAUAUGCUGUUCUGUUGUAAAGUUAAAGCAAGGGUAUUUAUGUAUCAUCAUCCCAUGCACAUACUCUGUACACAGUGUGCUCAUGCUCACUUCAGUUACACACAGUUUUCACACACAGCACACACAACAAUACAAUCUGGUGUUUGAUUUGAUUAGUCUAUACUUUUGUGACAUACUAAUACAUUUAAACUACAUAGCUUUCAGUAUUAGACAGUGGGGACCAGCUAUGAUAUGGACCAUAAGCACCAACCAAAAUACAAAAUUAGGGACCAGCAAAUACGAGCGAUCUUAGACUAACCUUGUAAGGCUUUCCCAAGUAUUCCUAUUUAUUUCCACAUGUAGAUGAAGCUCAGUGGGAGCACCAAGACAACACUGGCUACUGUCAAAAAGGGCAAGUUGAUAUGCUCUGCACUGCUGAUUUUUGUUUGCUGUGGCAUUGUGUGAAAAUGAAUAAAUAUUAAGAGACAAUAUGUGGAUGACU